UCGCAACCGCUCCGCCAAACUUAUACGUGUGAGCCGGCCUUAAAAGUGCGAUCGCAACGGGGUCUGACACCUUAGUUCCAUUACUAUGGUGUUGGCGCUGUUGUCGUGUCACUUAUUAGCGAAUCUGUGGUCUUACUGCUGUGAAAAGUGUCAAAGUAAAUUUUAAAACUUUUCUUCCGCUGUCGGUUUGUGAUGAUCGACUCGAGCACUGGUUAUCUUUGUUUCUCCUCCCGUCUUGGUUGAGUUGAGUUCCUCUAGAAGCCUUCUCCUCUGAUUUGCAUAACGAUAUAGUGUCUUCCUGUAGCGGCCGAGUUCUGACUACCGAAUAUGGCACCGGUAAGGUGUUGUGUUCUCGGUUGUGACUCUACCAGUGAAACACAUUUUGCAUGCCCAUGAAUGAUAAUUUGCGCAAUUUGUGGAUGUCGUUACUAGUACCAGUUAGUUCGUAUUUACUGGGACUUUCAAAGGGACAGUUAAUGACUAAACGUGUUUGUGAAAAACAUUUUGACAAAACACAAUUUAGCCAAGGGACCCGAAUUCGCUAUUCUUACCCUUGCCUUUUUACGGAAAAGGAAAUUCUACAUCGUGUGCCUCUCUCUUCCGAAGAGUACAAUGUUCUUAAAGAACAUAACUACUGUUUGAAUCAAGAAGAAGGGGAUGACACCACAGUACAAGAGCCAGUUACGCUAAUGGGCAUGUCAGGUCUUGUUCACCUGCAAGAACAUCUUUAUGCACUACCUUCGCCAAGUCAAACAGAUGUCAGAUCAAAGUCUAUGGACAAAGCGGAUGUCCUUCCAGAAGAACUUCAAAACCCAGUUCCUUCAACAUCAGCGCUGCCGACAGCUACUGAGAAUCAUGGCAUCAUAGACGAACGAAUGAAUAUGCCGAUGGAUACCAUGCAGACUACAGCUGAAGCUGUAACCUUUUUUGACGAACCGUUUGACUCUGUGAAUGGAUCACCAGGGCAAGGAAAAGGCAAACUUCGAUGCGCUGUCAAAGCAAAUUCAGAUCAUAUUGAAUUUUGGGAAAGAGCGUUACGCAUAUUACAAAAUAUAACGUUUAUAGACGAGAAUAGUAAGCUGGCUAAACGGUUUCUUCAACCAAGACAAGUGAGAGUUCCUUGCUUAGAAGGGUGGAUCACGACGUUGAAUAGUUUUCUGGGCCUAUCCAAAUUUCUAUUUACCGAACACAAAGUAGAGUACUUUUAUACCAAAUUCCUGAAUCAGGAUCCCCUGGAGAACUUCUUUGGUCGUAUAAGAGCUCUUAAUUAUAGAAAUGUUAAUCCAGACGCCAACACCUUUAUAUAUAGCUUUAAGUCUUUAGUUUUAAGCAAUAUUAUAGCUCCACAAUCAAAAGUAAUGAAUUGUGAAGACGAUGACGGCGAUACUAUUAUUAAGUUAUUAUUUUAUUUAUUUAUUUAUUAUACUCAGAAUUACAAAACAUAACUUAAAUACAAUGCUCCACAAAACUACAAUUAGUUUGACUGUGGAGAGUGUGGAGUCGUUUCAGUCUCUUUUAUACAGUUUUCUUAUUAAAUAUAGUUAAAUAUUCAAAUUAAUAUAUAUAACUUCUAAAUGUGUUAUGUACUUAGUUUGAAGUAGGCAGGAUCGCUUAUUAUAGAGUAUCCAAGAAAUGUUUUUUAAGAGCCUUUUAAAAGUACUUUUUUUGGAUUCCAGUACUAUAUCCCCGGGCAAAGAGUUCAAGAGAUAAGGUAUUCGUUUUUGAAGCGUUCUGUCGCCAUAAUAAUUUGACACUCUGGGUACUACAUAUUUGCCCGCGGAUAUCGUCCUGGUGUUGUGGCUAUGGUUGACUAGUUCAAGAUGGUCCUGUCUGCCAUGGUUUUUCAAGGCCAACAUAUAUUUAAGCUUAGAUGAUAUGGGUAGAAUUUUACAUAUUUUAAAUAAUUGUUUGUAGUCUUUAUUGCAACUGUUUUUAACUUUUUUACUGACUAGCAAUUUUAAAAAACAGGUUUGUAAAUUUUCUAGCUUAUCUAUAUUAGUUUUAAAAGUGAGGCCAUAGCAGUCAAGACCAUAGCUGAUAGUGAUAAUAGAGUCUAUUAGAGAAUUGUAUAUACAUUUUAGUGUGCGGAUAGGAACUUUAAAACUUAGAUUACUAAUUUAAAACGACUAAAAAACCGAAAAGCCCAGCUCAAAGCGAAACUAAAAAUGCGUCAAAAAAUGUAAUUACGCCGUCGUCGUCUUCACUUACAAGAGAAUCUGCAAACACGGAAAGAAUGAAAGUCCAAAUAUCUGCAUACACUGCAGGGUAUUUAUGCAGAAAACUAACAAAAAAGAUAAACGCUUGCUCCAAAUCGUAUACCACCAAAGAACACCAGGGUAUCCAUGAAUAUAUAGGGUCCUAAUUUAUUAGUUGCAGAUAU